AGGAGAGCGAGUGAAGGAAUCGUGUACGGAAGUAUUUCCUAUUUCCCAACAUUUUUUUCUCUUUAAUAAACCCCUCAAGCCCUCCAAAAUGACCAGAACAAAGACCCUGAAGAAAGAGAAAAUAAGUGUGGCGAGUGAGAUUGACCGCGUAGAAGAGCGUAAGUUACAGUGUAAAAACAGCCUGGAGAGGGCAGAGUUCAGAAAGAGGAAGCAGCAGCUCUCAGACGACGACAGGCUGGCUCUGGAAGAUGAGAUGACCAUAUUGAAUGAACGAGUAGAGAAAUACGAAAAGGAUCUGCAGGUGCUGAGAGGAGAAAACCGGAGGAACAUGAUGCUGUCCGUCGCUCUGCUAGCCAUCAGCGCUCUUUUCUACUACACAUUUAUAUAUUGAAGAGGUAUUUUCUGUCAUGUUAAACACAGAGUAUGAGCUAUGAGGAAACCAAUAUCCCCUUACGUGUUCGCUCAUUAUUCUGCAGCAGGAAAUAUUUGUUCAUGCUGAGGUUUAUGAAUCUCUCAGUGCUAUUUUCAUCAUGAAUACAUUAUGCCAUCUUCAUCUUGGCAUGUGGGAUUGUCUAAACACUGCUUUCUGGUUUUGGCCUAGCAGAGAAAUAUCAGAUUUCUGUACAUCAGAUAUUGGGGAUUUUAUUUAUACGUUGGUCAAAGAUGCUUUAAAUUA